AUGUUUGACUUUAUGCGAAAGAAGAAAGACGGUACUGGACACGCUCAGGAUGCUGGGUCAGAGUCCAGCACCAACGUCUCUAAGACAAAGAGUGGCUUGCGCCGUCAUUCUCUGAUGCAAGUGGAGGAAUUAUUCUCGAAACGAUCUCGAAAUUCGAGCCCAUCACGCGAAGCGGAGCGUUCUGCUGAUCAUCUUAUGAGACCGUCUCAUUCUAGAGCACGAGCAUCGUCGUGCUCUGCCGUCUCAUCGUUGGAUAUUCGCAAUCCAUUUCGCGAUCAAGCAGGCGAUUCGGUGACGGCUCCGAGCCAGAGCGAUUUGACAAUGGCGGAAACAAUAUCAUAUUAUGGACCGCCGGCGGAAAAUUUGCGUUACGUCGUCAGUCGCGCACCUGUGAUCGUCAACCCACAGCCAGAUAGCGCAGAGAUCUUCUUUGCUGAGGAUAUUGCGCAGUCCGAAAGGGAUUAUUCCCUAAAUCCAAAUCUUGUCACCGAUGUUCCGUCUUCAAAAGCUGAAGAUGGUCAUUCGUUGCCUCUGAACGAAGGGAAUCCGGAGCAGGCGAAGCGAGAGAUGGCUUCCGCUGCUCUAGCGCGACCGACGGAUUACUUGCAGGUCAAGAUUCCAGUCAGUCUCAUGAGUCCCCCACUAUCCAACAAUCAUCGUCACUUAUGGGCCAGAAUCUAG